AUGGAGCCUUCGACUGGCAGAGAAGACGUGGUGCAUCCCGAAGUUCGGGCGUAUAUCAACAGCUUGGUGUCUGCUUUGGGAGGCCUUGCCGAUGAAGACGAUGGCACUCAUUACAGACUCGGAGACGACGCUCUCGACGUUCUUCGUGAUAUCAAGAAAUGGAUUCGCUUUUACGACGAGAGGACCAACCGCAUGGACGUCGCACGAUGUCUGGCAGACGCGAACCUGGUCAGCGGAGACCUGAUACACAUCCUAGCGCUAUGGACCGAGAAUUGCAAGGACGAAAAAUACAAGUCUCGCAUAGCUCUUGCCUGCUAUGAGCUUUUGGCUCCCCUAACAUGGCCUAUCGAGAAGAACAAAGAGACCAUGACCAUCAACCAUCACAGACACAUCCCGGUGCUUGAGCUCGCACAAGUAAAAUACAAGCGAGAUAUUUUGAACUUCGACGGGGCACAAAUACUACACACGGCAGUGCGCGCUGCCCUUCCCUCUAUGGCAAUGCCGAUCGGCGACAGGACACAAAGAGACGUCGGCAUCAUCAAAUUGGUUCUCUACUUGUUGCGGAAUAUUGCAAUGAUUACCCCUCCUUCUGGGCUCAAGUUCGAAGGAGACGAGACUCAGAUCUCACGGUCGGCCGUUAUUGACGCAUUCUCAUACCAAGACAUCUUCCUCACCCUCUUGACCUUGUCAUCGAACAUGGGCGAAGAGUUUAAGACUGAGGAUGUCAUCGUUAUGGAGAUCAUUUUCCACCUCAUCAAACGGGUCGAUGUCAAGAAGCUCUUCCUCAACGAGCAAGAACUGAGAAAGGCCAAGACAGACGAGUUGGCCAGCGCGAUGAAGAAGGAAGCUUCCAUGUUGCGAUCAUACAGCCGGAAAGCUCCUACCAGACAUAGUCGUUUCGGCACCAUGCUAUGGGUUCAGAAGUCAGAUGGGAAGGUGUCGUCCCUGUCGGGCCAAGGUGCGCUUGCAGACGUGUCCAGUCGAGAGCGGAAACUGGACGAAUCCAAGACCUUCCGACCUCCGCGACGAGCAGCGAAAGAGGAUAUGGAGCCCAAGGACCUUGGCCCGCCUGUCAUUCUGAAUGCCCGAGCCAACAACCAGCUGUGCGAAUUUGUGGAGGAAUUCCUGGAUUCUGGCUUUAACCCUCUGUUUCAACAGGUGCGCAAGACCCUUGAAAGAGAAGGCGCAGAAGUUAUGCAGCAUCAUGCCCAACAGUUUUUCUACACGGUCGCUUGGUUUCUUGAGGCCGAGAGGGCGAGACAACAGGCCAGAAAAAGCAAAAAGCCCUCAUCCGAGGACCAAGUGAGCAGUUUUCAGCUGGUCGCAGGCGUGUUGAACCAAGAGAUGUUUAUUGCCCUGAAACGAAACCUCCACAGAUCAUUCACUGAAGGCGAUUGGCGAGAGCUGAACGCCGUCAUGCGAUGCUUCACCCAGAUUCUCUUAACAGUCCAGGAAAUGUUUGCAUCAGAAAAUGAGGAAGACCAGGAAAUCGCGGAGAAUGCACUGAGUCGGUUGUUCUACGAAGAGGUCACCCACGACACUAUUGUGAACAUUGUACGUGCGUACAAGGACCAGGGAUUCGAUUAUUUGGAUGCGUGCACAGAACUUGUCCAUACAUAUAUGCGGGUUCUGGAGGCCUACUCCAAAGAGAAUGUAGACAUGCAGGUCCGGUCCAAGAGAAGGACCCGGAAGAAGAAAAAGGCUGCUGCCGCAGCUUCGCAGGACGAUGAAGCCAAGGACGACGAUGAAGAGGAUGCUGGUUCUGCAGACGAGCAGGCAGCUGCUGAGAAGACUGCCCAGGAACGCAAAUUCGACUUCAAAAAGUUUGCCAACCGAUUCGUCCCUCAAGGCGUUGUGGACACAUUUGUCAAAUUCAUCAAAUACUAUCGCGAUCUUGACGACUCACAGCUAAAGAGGGCUCACCGAUAUUUCUACCGCUUAGCAUUCAAGCAGGACAUGAGCGUCAUGCUGUUCCGUGUUGACAUCGUUCAUCUGCUCUACAACAUGGUCAAGGGCCCCGAGCCUCUAGACAAAACUUGCGGGAUGUACAAAGACUGGGAGGAACUCGUGAAGCAAGUUCUUCGACGUUGUGUGAAGAAGAUCGAGGAGCGGCCGGCAUUGAUCAUCGAGAUGCUGUUCUCCAAGAUCAAUUCCACGGCCUACUACCUUGAGUACGGCUAUGACAGGCAGGUACUCAGCACCUCCACACCAAGACCUGCUGCCGAGCUCGAGUUCCGUCGUCUAGACCUCACUUUGGCCGAGCAAGUAGCGACUGCUAUUGGCUUGCUGCUGGACAAGAAUGAGUCGGAGCAAAUAGACUGGGUCAAGAACCAACUGGCAGCCUGUGAGGUUGUGCGUUCUGUCUGGGAAGCAGCCGAGAAAGCUAAGCUCAUGGUGGAAGAGCCUGAUGGCACAAUGACCUUGAGGGAAGAUUGGAAGAGCGUAAUGGCUGAGCCCGAAUUUUUCACUCUGCUUCCUGACAAUGACGCACGGAAGACUGCGAUAUUCAGAAAUCCUCGCUUGCGCCUGCUCAUGAAGGUCCUUGGUUUCGAGCGGCUGUCCUCAUUGAUAGAUGAGGAAAUUGGUUCAGCUUGGAUCAUACCUUCACGACAUUCAGCGGAGGACCUGGCGGAGUAUAAGGAGUUGAUCGACAAGGCCGAGUUCAGCCCUCUCGCCUUCGAUAACGGCGAAACUGCCGAGGAUCAAGUCCGACGCAAGUCUGCUCCCCGGAAGAAAGCCGCAUAUGACGAUGAAAACGAUGACAUUGACGACAUUCUUGACGACGGUGACGAGGUGCUUUUCCCAGCCAACCUCAAACCCAGCAAACUUGUCGGCCCGGGCCGUGAUCGACCUCCCAAAAAGCGCCGUCUACGCCGCAAGAAGGAUUCUGGUAGCGGGGCCGAUGAUGAUCUCCCGACCGAGGACGAGGACGAAAUCCGCGCUGAGAAAGCCCUGAGGCGGCGCAAACGUGACCUCGAGAAGCAGCGCAAGAUCAAAUCUGCGCUCUAUGUUAACCCCAGUGACGACGAGUCGGAUGCCGAGGCGGAUGCGGAAUUCUUUGCGCGCGAGGAAGCUGUCCGGCAGCGUGUCAAGAAGGCUCUUCAAUUUGCACCAACGGAUGUGUCACAGCUUCAGGAGGCGGAAGUUACACCACAGGGGCUUGCAGACACCAUGAAGAGGCUGAUGGGUGAUAGCGAUGCUGACGACGGAGAGAGUGAUGCAGCCAGCUCGUCACAAAAGUCGCAGGCUAGCUCAGGAACGAAGAAGAGGAAAUCUGACGCUCUCCUUGAGAACGAGGAGCAAAGCAGCCCACCGACAUCAAGGAAACGAGCUGUAAAGCCCAAGAAAACUACGGGCGGUUUCUUGGCCGAUAGCAGUGAUGAGGACGAAGACAUGAACGACGCUGAGCCAUCGUCCCCAGUCGACCAGCUUAGUGGCGCCGACGAGGGAGAGGAUGGUUCAGAUAGCGACCAUAUGGACACAGACGAUACGCCCUUGUCAUCUAACCCCAAAGACCUGGGCAAAGAAGCACGCGGGGAGCAGCGAUCUCCGCUCAAGGAGAAAGUCGUCAAUACUUUGACAAAUCAAGCUUCGGACGACGAGGACGACGAGGAUGUGCCUGUUGCCAGCAAGAGACGAUCUAGGGCCAAGGGCGGUUUUGUAAUGGACAGCAGUGAUGAGGAGUGA